AUGAGUACGGAUAUUCAUAUGGAGGAACUUGAGUACGAAGAGCUGCCCAAGUACACGCCUUUGCCUAUUUCCAUGGCAGCUGGUGCAAUUGCUGGUAUCAUGGAGCACACCAUCAUGUAUCCAGUCGACGCCAUCAAGACCCGCAUGCAGGUUGCGGGAUCGGGAAAUCUUUAUCGCGGUGUCAUUUCGUCAAUUUCUGCGGUUUCUGCGGCAGAGGGUGCUUCUGCCCUUUGGCGUGGUAUGCUCUCAAUGAUUGUGGGUGCCGGCCCCGCCCACGCCCUGCAUUUUGCCGUGUACGAGGCCACCAUCUCCAUGCUGGCCAAGGACGGGCACGCCGGCUAUCACCCCGCGGUUUCCGCCACGGCCGGUUUACUGGCCGACGUUACGAGUAAUGCUAUUAUGAACCCCUUUGAUGUCAUCAAACAACACAUGCAAGUUAAUGGUGGUAGCAAUUCCCUAAUUCGAACGGCUACUCAGAUCGCCCGCACCGAGGGCUUUGGUGCGUUCUAUGUUUCCUACCCCACAACUUUGCUCAUGAGUGUUCCCUUCAGCGUAGUCAAUUUCACUGUGUACGACACCGUGAGUCAGUUCUGCAACCCGCAGCGGCGCCACGAUCCGCUCAUCCACUGCCUGGCCGGUGGAGCAAGCGGUGCUGCCGCAGCAGCGGUGUCCACUCCCUUUGACGUGAUCAAAACGCUUUUGCAGACCCGCGGCGUCACCGAGGUCGAGGAGGCUCGCCAGCUCAAGGGCAUCCGCGACACCGCCUCCUACAUCUGGCGCACCCAGGGCUGGCAGGGCUUUUUCCGGGGCGUCCGCCCCCGCAUCGUAGCCAACAUGCCCUCCACGGCUAUUUGCUGGACAGUUUACGAAAUGGCAAAGUACUAUAUUUCGCUUUCGGGUAUCGCUAAUUAA